UCGUGUGGCUCUUGAGGCGACCGUUAAAAAAAUGGACGGGUCAUCCAGACAAAACCCCGUUGGAGGAGGACAGUGACGUCACAAAGGAGAGAAAACGGGUGAAAGACACGCAGAAGGAAACAUUACUACAGACUGAUGCCCUCCUGAUGGUGGACCUCCAAAAGACCUACUGCCAUCUGACGUCUUGCAAGCCCGCGGUUCACCCGACAAAUCUGGGGAUUCCCGACAAGGAGUGUCUGGGUCUGCUGGGCAAGAACGGUGCCGGGAAGACAACUCUGUUUAAAAUGCUGACGGGUGACCUGAGCAUCACCAAAGGAAACGUCUACAUGAAAGGGAAAAACAUAAAAACGCACUUAAAAACCGUCCAGUCUAUGAUGAGUUACUGCCCCCAGUUUGACGCCCUCCAUGACGUGUUGACAGGACGAGAGACCCUGUACCUGUACGGCAGGUUGAGGGGGGUGCAGGAGGGCAGCCUGCGUGAGGUGACCGAGACCAUCAUCGACUUCAUCACACUGAGGCCUCACGAGGACAAGUGCACAUCACACUACAGUGGCGGCAACAAGAGGAAGCUGUCUGUUGGUAUAGCAAUCAUCGGCAACCCCCACUUCAUCAUGUUGGACGAGCCGACAGCUGGUCUGGAUCCGGUGUCCAGGAGAAGUCUAUGGCGGUGUCUGCAUAUGAUCAGGUCAGCUGAGAGAACACUGGUGCUGGCGUCACACAGCAUGGAAGAAUGCGAAUCUCUGUGUACACAGAUUGCAAUCAUCAAGAACGGAAACAUUCUUUGUCUGGGCAGUUCUCAGCACUUAAAAACCAAAUUCGGUCAAGGCUAUUCAGUCUUCUUGCACGCGCAACAACGAGAGGGCGGGAGUUUGACGCCCUUAGAGCCAGCUGUUGAGUUCAUUAUUGAUUGUAUUGGCACGGAGGUCAAGGUGUUUAACGCCCAACCCUCCUACUACCAACUGCAGGUGCCCGAGAGCACACGCCUGUCCAGACUGUUCAGGAUUUUAGUCAGCGCCAAGAAAAAUUUUGACUUCCGCCACUUCUCAGUCCAGCAGACGUCCCUAGAGCAGGUCUUCCUGCUGCUCAUGAAGGAACAGACAGCACCUCAGCUAGCACCAAAGAAUAAUGUUUGUUGUCAUCUCAGCUAUUAAAUGUCAUUUGUUUGUUGUCAUCUUAGCUAUUAAAUGUCAUUUGUUUGUUGUCAUCUUAGCUAUUAAAUGUCAUUUGUUUGUUGUCAUCUUAGCUAUUAAAUGUCAUUUCAACAAAACCUGCUCUGAACAUGUAUUUGUUGUCAUCUCACCUAUUAAAUGUCAUUUCAACAAAACCUGCUCUGAACAUGUAUUUGUUGUCAUCUCACCUAUUAAAUGUCAUUUCAACAAAACCUGCUCUGAACAUGUAUUUGUUGUCAUCUCACCUAUUAAAUGUCAUUUGUUUGUUGUCAUCUUAGCUAUUAAAUGUCAUUUCAACAAAACCUGCUCUGAACAUGUAUUUGUUGUCAUCUCACCUAUUAAAUGUCAUUUCAACAAAACCUGCUCUGAACAUGUAUUUGUUGUCAUCUCACCUAUUAAAUGUCAUUUCAACAAAACCUGCUCUGAACAUGUAUUUGUUGUCAUCUCACCUAUUAAAUGUCAUUUCAACAAAACCUGCUCUGAACAUGUAUUUGUUGUCAUCUCACCUAUUAAAUGUCAUUUCAACAAAACCUGCUCUGAACAUGUAUUUGCUUGUGUACAACUGCAUUCAAACAUGUACAAGACCUGUUGGUGUAGGACCAGAUGUGUUAAACUCAAGCUCAGUUUAGCUCUAGCUUUAAGCUCAGUUUGACCAAAUAAGCAGGUGUCACUUCAAUGAAGGUGUGUCCAUGCAAUGAGUGGU